AUGUCACACCAUCAAGCCGCCUUCUCGGAUAGACCACACAAGGCGCUUAGAAGGCCGGUUUUCAUAAACCCAGUCGACUGGAAGAUUCAAGACUCGGGUGCUAUCAUCAGGAACUGGCUCACCCUUGGCGAGGACAUAGCCGGCGAAGUCAUCGAAGUCGGCGAUGGCGUGUCGAGUUAUACCAAGGGCCAGAGAAUCAUCGUUCAUUUACAGUCCUUGGGCACGAGCAAUAUCAGACAGGCUGGAUUUCAAGAACUUGUCAUUUCCCCGCAAUCGUCGGUUGCUCCGCUACCUGAUUCCGUCAGCUAUGAGACAGGCGUCGUGCUUCCACUCUCGGUAUCCACCGCCACUGCUGGACUGUUCCAAUCUAACCAUCUCCAUCUGUAUAAGCCUAGCUUGAGCCCCACAAAGAAAGGCAAGACUCUGCUUGUGUGGGGAGGGAGUUCGAGUGUGGGCAUUUCGGAUAUUCAGCUAGCUGUUGCUGCUGGAUAUGACGUUGUUGCCACCGCAUCCGAGAAUAAUUUUCACUUGCUGAAAAGUUUGGGUGCGACUCGGGAUUUGGAUACCGCAGUUCUACCAUCUUGGCAGACCUUGUUGCAGAGCUGA